UCAUAUGAUGGUUUCUCCUCUGUUUGCAUUCUUCGUGGCAUUCUGCCAGCCUGAGUGAUCGCAUGGAAUGCACAUGGGGUUUUUUCAUCGGGAAAAUAUUUUUGCUGCUGUCUCACCCACACUGGAGUCUUCUACGAGGGUCCAGCUGAAUGAAGCCGGAGAAAUUCAGAUUAAUUUUUUUUAACAAAUGUACAUCCUGGGAUUUGGGAUGUGAGGCCAGGUGUCAUUGCAGACUGGAUCAAUGCUGUGCUGAAGGAAAAUGCGGAUACCGUUAUUAUUCAUUUGGAUUCUGCACUUCAUGGAUCUUGCAAGAGGCUCAGACAACUCAAAGAUUCUGCGAUACAGACGUAGCUCUUCAGUGAGCAGACUCUGCCCGGCAGGUUGUGCAUCAUGCUCAGCUCUUAAUGGCUGCCUGUCCUGUAAACCUCGCCUCUUCUUCCACUUGGAGCUGGACGGGAUGAGGCAGAGAGGCACCUGUCUGUCCUCCUGUCCCCGGGGCCACUACGGCAAGCGCUCACCACACAUUAACACCUGCCCCAGGUGCCGAGAGGACUGCGCUUUCUGUUUUAGUGAAACCUUCUGCACUCGCUGUCAUCCGGGCCACUUCCUGUUCCGAGGAAAAUGUGAAAAUAGCUGUCCGAAUGGGCUGACGGCAAACACAGCACUGCGAGAGUGCACAGAGUGCCCUGUAGGCUGUGAGAUGUGUGUGAGGAGAAACGAGUGUGUGAGGUGUCGAGCAGAUUUAUACAUUCUCCACGGGCAGUGCCACCAUAACUGCCCAAGUGGAUCAGAGCCUGAUGUACAGCUCAUGCAGUGCAUCCCUCAAGGUGAGAGUGUGGUCUUCCAUUUUCUAUCUCCUCCCACCACUUAGUGGCGUAUUAAUAUUCUGGUAUCUCCUCUAGUACAAUGUGGGGUUGGGGAAUGGACAGAGUGGGGUCCGUGUAUUCGGAAAAAGAAUUUGUGGGACAAUAGGAUGGGGAGGAGACGCGCCCCGGUCAACUUCCGCGGUCCCGGAGUCUCUGCGGUGACCGCUGUGUCUGAGAUCAGGAAGUGUGUCAUCAAAAAGAGACCAAGUGGACUGUCGUGACUUGAGGCCGAGAAUUUAUCAAUGAUUUGUUAGCUUUGUAAAGAUAUUUACCUUUUUAUUGCACAUUUCUUUUUGGAUGAAAAUUUAAAUGUGGUCUUUUAUUGUCAGUUGUAAAAAUGUAUAAGUUAAAAUGCAUUUUAGUGUGAAUUAACAAAAGGAUGAUGGAUUGGCUGAUUUUCCUGCCAUUGUAGUCAUGUG